AUGACCACUUCUCCCAAAUCACAGAUCGAUCCCCCGGCUAGAGAGGGCCGUGAUGUUUAUACAACUCUCAACUAUACAAUGCCUUCUGGAUGCGAAGGACUAAAGCCAAUCGAUUCCGAUAUGCCCGAAGCUGAACGGCGAAAUGCUCAGCGCGAGGGCCUCACGGAUGUGAGAGAAGUUGUAAUCAAGGACAUUCGCGGGAAAGAAGAUGAGUUCACCCUGAAUGUCCAAGGCUUUCAAUUUGUCAAGCAUCAAGUUGAUGCGGUUACAGAUUUGAAAGACCAAAGUCAAAUCAAGGAAAUCCUUCAGCCCGCUACGGAAGACCUAGUUAAGAAAAUGACCGGUGCAUCUGAAGUCAUUGUCUACCUUACUCGCUUGAGGUUCGAGAUUAAUCAAAAUGGAAACAAAAUGAGCACCCCCAAUUCUCCUUCUCAUGGUGUUCACUCGGAUAUCACGCAUGCGUCUUGCCGGCCUGUUCUGAAGGAUAUCCUAACAGAAGACGGAAUGGCGCGGCUGAUGAGCUGUCCCUUUGUUGUUGUCAAUGUCUGGAGGCCAAUAAAGCCAAUUCAAAGGGAUCCUCUUGCAGUUUGUGAUUGGAGGUCUGUUGACCCAGCGUCGGACAUUUUUCCAGAUCGUAGGGUCAUUGCCGGGCAGGUUUUCGAAUUUGGGGUACCAAUUUUCAACGAAAAACAUGAAUGGUAUUAUUUGAGUGAUCAGCAGCCAGAUGAACCGCUCAUUUUCAAGCAGUUGAGUAGUGAUGUUGCCUCCAGCGUAACGUUGCUCCACUCUGCCUUUGUUGAUCCCAAGCAUGUCGAUGAUCCUCCACGCGAAAGUAUUGAAAUGAAAUGUUUUGCGUUUUUCACCGAGCAGACCAAUCAAGUGCUUGGCUAA